AGACCACAAACAAUAUUACAUACACACACGGAUCAGAAUUCGAGAUUCAUCGUCACGGGACCGCUCUGUGGCUGAUAAUUAUAUUCGAGAAAAAGUUUCGUUUGGGACGCCGAGUUAGUACUGGGCUGUCUUCAGACACAAUGGACAGUCCGCGGCGGUUCGCGUUGCUCGCGCUGCUGCUGAUUGCGUGGUUAGCUGCCGACUUGCAACCUGUCGGUGGUUCGCUGACCUUUUCAGCCGACCUGGUGGCCAAGUCUGUCCGAGGACCAAAAGUCUUUGAUAUAGAUACUUCGGAGACUUUCAAUGCUGAACCGGCACCUCGAGUGCGCCGAGAGACUACCAAAGGCGUGGACAAUGCCAAAGCAAAGCCCUCCACCUUGGAGGUUUAUCAUCUGAACGACACACGACAACAACUGAUGGUCCAUUGGGCCGGCGACAACUCAAACGUUGUGGUAUGUCUUGCGAAGGACGUGGUACUUGUGUCUGGCACGACCAAAAGUCUGCGUCCGUCGGCCGUUUACAUCUCUUACGAUUACGGUUCGACUUUCAAGAACAAAACCGACCACUUCAAGCUGAAUGAUUCGCCGGACGCUCCCUAUGCUCAUCUUGACAAGUUCUAUCAGCACAGUAAAUUCAGCAGCCAUUUUCUGUUCCCAGACAGCAAGAACAAAGUUAUUUUCACUACGAACGACUUUGGAAAGACGAUCAAAAGGCAGAGUGUGGAGUUUGAAAUAUCAGAGCUUGCAUUCCACGAAGAAGAACUUGAAACGAUAAUUGUCCUUGAUUCCAGCGCCCAGGAAAGAAAACUAUGGCUCUCGACAAACUUUGGCAGUACUUGGACGAUGGUCCAGGAGUAUGUGCACUCGUUCAAGUGGAAAAAUGUGCCUGGCCAGACUCCAGUGCUGUAUGUUCAGCGUCAGGAGCCGACGGGCACUUUCACAGUUCUCACCUCCCCGAGUCUGUUCCGCAUCAAAGGCGACAUCCAGGUGGUCAUUGAAGGAGUCGUCCAGUUUGAAGUCAUUGAAAACUACAUGUUUGCCAGCAAGCAGACCAGCCAAAAGGGUGCCUACGAGAUGGUGAUUUCUCACAACAACAAGCCAUUUGUGCCAGCAAUGUUUCCGACAGACCUGCCUUCUCUGUCUUUUCACGUGUGUGACGUGUCCAAUGACCAGAUCAUGGUUACCAUCAGCCACGGCCCAACUGUCUCAAACCUUUACGUCUCCGAUUAUCUGAGUGAGAACGCGCUGCGCUUCUCUCUUUCGCUGUCAAAUGUUUUUGCCUACUUCCCUAAUAUCACAUGGGCCGACUCUCUUCUCAAGGACCUGACAAAUGACCCCUUUGCUGACAUUUACAAGGUGAAGGGUGUGCGAGGAAUCUACAUUGCAUCACAGGUUAAGGAGGGUAUGCAGAGGAUUGGCCCUGAGAGUCUGGUCACUCUGAUCUCUUUUGAUCAGGGUGGCGAGUGGCGCAAAAUCAGUCCCCCUACUUUUGACGAACAUGGACGGAGGAUAGAUUGCAAUGCUGCUCAAGAUUGCUCUCUGCACCUGUCACAAAAGUUUGGCCAGCUUUACCCUUCAAUCAGGUCAAUUCCCAUUCUAAGCUCUGCUUCGGCGCCUGGUCUGGUGAUUGCCACCGGUGCUGUUGGCAAAUCGAUGAAGAGUCAUGCCAGCAUCUUUAUGAGCCAUGACGCUGGUCUCACUUGGCGCAAAGUGCUGCAAGGACUGUACACAUACAUGAUGGGUGACCAUGGUGGAAUUGUGGUUGCAGUCAAAUACUUCCGCGAAAAUACAAAGGCCAAGGAGAUUGUGUAUUCUGUCGAUGAAGGCGAAUCGUGGCAAAGUCUAGAGUUCCAUGAAGAGGGGCUCAAGAUCUAUGGCUUGAUGACGGAGCCUGGAGAAAACACUACAACAUUCACUAUGUUCGGAUCCUUGCCUGCCAAGCACCAAUGGGUUAUUGUCAAAAUAGAUCUCCGAAGCGCCUUUAAAUACGACUGCACCGAUGAUGAUUACAAAUUUUGGUCUCCCAGCAGCAUUGAUGGUCCUCACAUGCAAUGCAUUCUCGGUAAAAAGGAGACUUACCAAAGGAGAGUUCCGCAUGCCAGAUGCUACAACGGCAAAGAUUACGAUCGACCUGUUAAAAUGGAGAUAUGCGAAUGCGAUGCUGAAGAUUUUGAAUGUGACUUCGGAUUUGUACGUAAUUCGGAGAUCAAAACUUGUGUGAGGAACAAGACACAGAGCUUCAACCCCUAUGCAGUUCCAUCUUCAUGCAAACCUGGCGCCACCUACAACAGGACCAAAGGCUAUAACAAAAUUCCAGGAGAUGUUUGCCAAGGCGGAGAUGAGCAGCGAUUCAUGCCAUCUGUAUUGCCCUGUCCUAUGAAGGAGCAAGAAGAAUUCCUGGUUGUUUCUGAACGGGAAAAAGUUGGAACUAUUUCCCUCAGUGGAAAAAUGGAGUUCAGGCAAGUCCCCAUAAAAGGAAUCAAAGCUGUGAUUGGAAUAGAGUACGAUUUGAAGAACAAUUGUUUGUACUAUGGAGACGCAGACCAGGAUUUCAUUGGGAGACAAUGCAUGGAGAGUGGCUCCUCAGAGCCUGAAAUUUUGGUGAGAACCAAUUUGGAUUCUGUGGAAGGCAUGGCCUAUGACUGGAUUAGUCACCUCCUCUACUUUGUGGAUGGUGCAAGAUCUUCAAUCGAAAUGAUUAGAACUGACGUUGGUCACUUUGGAAGGAUGAGAAAAACCGUUUUGGAUAGAAAUGUUUUGAAAAAACCAAGAGGAAUUGCGGUUCAUCCAGUUCAAGGCUAUGUUUUUUACACUGACUGGGCCCCAGGCGAGCCAACCAUCAGCAGGUGUAGCGCUGAUGGCUCAAAUGUCAAACACCUUUUCACCAAAACCACUGUUCACUGGCCAAACGGAAUCACCAUAGAUUACAUUGCAGAGAGAAUCUACUGGGUUGAUGCUAAAUUCGAUUAUAUUGCAUCGUCUGAUCUUGAUGGCAAGAAAUUUAGGAAAAUCAUCAUGAAUUCCGGAUUUAUUGAACAUCCAUUUGCUAUUGCUGUCUUUAAAGACACUAUGUACUGGACUGAUUGGAAGCGAAGCUCGAUAUUCAUGGCUGACAAAGACCAUGGCGCUGGAAUAACAGUUCUAGCCGCUGACUUGCCGAAUGUGAUGGAUCUCAAAGUAUUUGCACACAGCAUGCAGGAAGGUUCCAAUGCCUGCUCUAACAGGACUUCAUGCAGCCACAUUUGUGUUGGGAUGCCACAGGGCUCCUUCAAAUGCUUGUGCCCAGACGCUUUAGUGCAAAGCGGGAAUGAGUGUUUGUGUCCAUCAAUGCAGAAGCCACUAGUCAAUGGAACCUGCCCCUCUGUCGCAAACACGUGUGCAAGCGAUUACUUCAGAUGCAAGUCAGGAAAUUGCAUUCCAAAGCUGUGGAGAUGUGAUGGAGAUAAUGAUUGCGCUGAUAAUUCUGAUGAGGAGAUGUGCGGCGAAACUACUUGCCAGAAUAACCACUUCCAGUGCAAAAAGAGUGGCAAGUGCAUUCCCUCUUUCUGGAGGUGUGAUUUUGAUAUGGAUUGUGAAGAUGGAAGUGAUGAAGAAGCAUGCACCUAUACAAACUGUACAAAAGACCAGUUCAGAUGCAACAAUGGCAGAUGCAUCAACGAAAAAUGGGUUUGCGACCUUGAGGAUGACUGCAGAGAUGGAUCAGAUGAGAAAAAUUGUCCCUCGGUCAAACCAGUCACCUGUGGACCCACUGAGUUUAGAUGUGGUGGGAGUACAACUCAGUGCAUUCCUCUUACCUGGAGGUGUGAUGGAGACUCUGACUGUGAAGAUCACUCUGAUGAGAUUAAUUGCAAAAAUACUUCUUGUGAGAGCUGGCAGUUCAAGUGUGGAAAUGACCAAUGCAUCUUUAAAUCUUGGGUUUGUGAUGGUGACAAAGACUGUCCAGAUGGGUUGGACGAGAAAAACUGCAGCGGAAAGAUCUCGACCACAACCACACCAUCUCCGUUACCAUUGGGCUUCUGUAGUUCAUGGCAGUUUAGGUGCAAGAAUAAAAACUGCAUUCCCUCUUGGUGGAAGUGUGAUUCUGUAAAUGAUUGUGGAGACAACAGUGAUGAAGUAGACUGCAAUAACGAGAACCACAAAGUUUCAACAACAACUGCCCCACCAACGCCAAGUACAACCUCGGUCACAUGCCCAGAAAAUCACUUCCGCUGCUAUAAUGGGUUAUGCAUCAUGGAAACGUGGGUUUGUGAUGGAGUCAACGACUGUCCACAAGGGGAGGACGAAGAGCACUGUGGCGCCAUCCACACUUGCAGACCGGACCAGUUUACAUGCAGGCUUGACGGUUCUUGCGUGAAUAUGACCCUGAUCUGUAACGGCAAAAAAGACUGUAUUGAUGGGUCUGAUGAACUUGGCUGCGACUUCAAACCAGACAGCCAUCCAGACGACUCAAAGUGUGGACCAGGCUUUUUCUCGUGUGAUAGUGGCAGCAUCUGUUUGCCCUUGAGUAAAAUGUGUGAUGGCCACAUUGAUUGCUAUGACGAACAAGAUGAAUCUGUGUGCGGCCAUAACAGCUCCAAGGUUUACCAAGUCGUUCAGAUGGGUUACGACGAGCGGAGUGUUGCCAGUGACAGCAUUUUGCUUUACUGGUGGAUUCAAAAGCCUUCAAACGGAAAGCUUGAGUUUUUGCCAAGUUACUCAGAAGUUGCAAACGGCGCUCAGUGGACCAACUACUCCAAGUGGGUGGACAGCAACACCUUCCAGGUUUUGAUCGACGGCCUGAAGCCUUACCAACUUUACAAUCUGACGGUUUAUGUCAGAAUCAAAGGCUCGCCUGAUGCUUUCCCACCUGCUAAAUAUGUUACGGCCAGAACAGCAGAAGGAGAACCAUCCCCACCUUGGAAUAUUUCACUGAACCAAAAGAGUGCCCGAGAAAUGGAAGUCAGGUGGGAACCACCGACCAGGGCUAAUGGCAUAAUCAUCAAUUACAUACUCUUCAUGUCUCCACCUUACCCUCCUGUCCAGCAAGUGCUGGGUGCCAAGCAGAAUUACUACACGGUUCGAAUGGAUUUUGAGUUUGGCCAAAAUUACUCAUUCUGGAUGACAUCUAGGAAUGGAAGAGAAAUGAGCAAAAUAUCACAGAUUGCCUCUCAUCGAUUUGAUGGGGAUGCUUUUGUUGACGGAAUCGAGGAGCUGAAAGUCACUAGCGUGGCCAACAAUUCGGUAUCUCUAUCAUGGAAGGCUGUUCAAGGAGUUGAGGGCUAUUAUAUCACGGCCAAGGGAAAGCCUUCCUAUGCAGUGCUGGACACAAGAAUUUCGGUGGAUACAAAUAUGACAUUUAACAUGCUUGCACCUGGAGCCACGUACACUUUCCAAGUUAGCGGCUAUCGGAAAGGGUUUUCUGGAAGAGGCGCCCAAGUGAUUGCCACUACUCAAGGUGAUGAGCUGCCAGUGGUGCCAAACAUAUCUGCAGAAGUGGUUAAACUUCAAGGCACCACGGUCAAAAUGAACUGGGACUUGCCAAAAGACCCUAGGAAGAUCAAGUGGCACUAUGGAGUUUAUUAUGCCACUGACAUGAACCAGCUAAUGCAAAGGCCUCUUGUUACAACUUCGGAACUUGCCGUGUCCAUCAAGUCACUCGAAGCCUGCGAGUCUUAUAUAUUUGAUGUGGGAAUCGUUGGUCCUAUCGGUGCAGGUCCUAUGUCUGGAAAGCAGAUCAACCUCAUCACACAAUACAAUCCCAGUGCAGCGCCUAAAAAUCUGCGUACAGUGCGAGACCCUGUCAAGUUGACUUCCCUCAAUGUGACGUGGAGCGCCUCUUGCGAAACCAUUCAGACUCCAAUUGGUUACAUGAUUUACUUUGAGGAAAUCACAACCAAGGUGAUGUUUGUUAAGAAGAUGGCCGAGACCACAGACUCAUCUUUUUCUGUGCCGUUCGACGGGGCCUACGGUGCCGAGUACAGCAUUCAAGUUUCUACUACCGUUCCAGAUGCCCGUAAAAGUGCUCGAGUUGUGCACAGCAUUCCGAUUCCAUCUCCGCAUCAGCUGCAAGUGCUUCCGGAAAAGAAUGGAAGUUUGAUCAUAUACUGGCAGAACAAGGAAAUGCCAAAAGAAGUUUCUAUGGACAACUACGUUUAUGAAGUCCUAAUCACCAAAGGUUCAUGGCAGGGCCUAGACAAGGCCAGGAAGUUUAUCGUCACCAGUCCCCCGUUUGUCUUGAAUGAGACGGACAGUGGCACCGCCUACUCUGUGGCCGUUCGCUUGCGCACCUCUAAAGGUUACUACUCGCUACUCUCCGAAAUCAACACCAUGGAGACCAGUCAACCUUCGUGGAGUGAACUCAUCACCCCAACCCAUGUCGUUUCGGUGGUAGUGCCCGUGAUUUUAGUCAUCGUUGGCCUGGCGUCUGCCCUUGGCUGUUACAUCUACCGCCACCAGAGGCUUCAGCACAGCUUCACCUCAUUUGCCAACAGCCACUACAACACCAGAUCUGGUGCAGCCACCUUCACUGGUGGUGAGGGAUUGGAUGAAGACGAUGCGCCCGUGAUCACUGGCUUCUCAGAUGAUGAACCGUUGGUGAUAGCCUGACGAAGCACUCCUAGAGUUGCCCUGUGAUAGCCAGAUCAUAAGUUGUGAGCUGUUGCUUAUGUCAGUCUGAUGAUUUUUUUUCAUUCCAAGUGUGUUGUGACUAAUUUCAUUCACUGCAAGUCACAUUCAUUCGCCUUCACUUGCUCCACAGCACCUGUCCUAGAAAAUAAUUUAUUUUCUCCCAAGGCCGUGUAUUGGCAUUUUCGAUUUAGCCGACAGGUUGCGAACUGAUUUUAUUAGUUUCUGAUUUAUCAAAGUUGUUUUGUAUAUAUUAUAGUCUCUGAAAUUUUAUCUCGCCGCAAUUUUUACAUGUUGAUUGCAAAAUGUUUUUUUACAAACUGGACAAUUCAGUAUGAGGUUGCGAGAACGAUAUUUGCUAAUUGUUUAAGAAAAUACCAGUAAUAGGAUUUUUAUAUAAACAGACACACCAGAAAGUAGAGAUUACAAAAUAUUUAAAAAAAAAUUAUAAAUUUUUACUUUUAUUUGCUUGAAAAAAAUUAUUUCGUUGAUGAUGCUGCUGCCUCGUGCAGAUCUGCAUGCAAGACAUAAUUUUUUUGGAUUGUUCUCUACUAAAAAUGUGAUAACAUUCAUUAUGUUCAAUGUAUAAACCGCACCUUAUUCCAUCGCCAUCAGUAUAAUUGUAAAAGAAAAUUUUGUUAAUUUUAAUAUUGAUUGUGCAAGAUGCAUAUUGUGAAAUGUAAUUUAAAAGAAAAUUUACCAAAAUAAACAAUGUUAUCAUUUAACCUGAAGGUAUUAAAUUUGAAUUUUAU